AUGCAGAAGGUCAUCCGGAGGACGGCUUUGGCAAGAAACCAGGCCCAGCGAAAGGCAGUUCGAGCUGCUAAAGAUGCUGAGCGUGAAGAAUUCAAAGACCACCUGAGACAGCGAUUCGCUUUGAACCGCAUAGAGCUCGAUAACAUCCGCGCUGAGAGGCAACGACGACGAGAAGACUGGCUCCGCGGACCUCUAGCACCUCAGCGCGAUGCCGGUUUUGAGGGCCAAUCAUUCGGUGCUCUGAGCCCCCAGGCAAUGAAUCCACCACCUAUCCCCAAGCACCUAAGGAGGAAAUAUAUCAACAUCGCCGUGGGAGACCGAGUGUGUAUCAUGAAGGGCCGGGAUAAGGGCAAGAUCAAUGAGGUCGUCCGUGUAGAUACAAGCAAUGAGACGGUUAACGUGAGGGAUCUUAACAUGAAUGAUGUGCAUCUUCCCAGUUGGAUCAACUCACAAUACGGAAACAAGGGCACUGUCAAUGCGAUGGCCCUGCCGAUUCCCAUCGAUGAUGUCCGCCUUGUCGUUGCCCUUGACGAUCCAGCUACUGGACAAACACGAGACGUCUUGGUUGAGCAUGUUCACGGAGGGGAGCCAAUCCUUGAACGGGAACAUGGCACCGAAACUCCCAGACAUACCAGAUACAUUUCCGGCGAAAACAUCGAAAUCCCAUGGCCUCGCCGUGAACCUCCGGUUUUGAAUGACGAAGAGUGGGAUACACUACGCAUGGAAGUUGAAACGCCGACUUGGACACCAUCGCUGCAUUAUGCGCCCUUUCCUCCCAGUGUUCUGGAUGAGCUCCGGAAUAAGUUCUCGAAAUACCGUACACGGCACGAUCCGGAAUGGGUUGAGGCGAAGAAGAUGGAAGAUUACAGAAAGGAGUACCUUCAAAGCAGGUCUUUGUUGACACCCAAGGGUGAGCUGAUGGCUAUGAUACGGGCCAAGAAGGAGGAACGCCUGAAUGCGAGAAGGGAUGCUGAUGGUAAUAUGCUCAUGGACGACCAAACGGCCGGAUUCAUUGAGAAUUUCUUGAAAGAGAAAGUGGCGAACAAGGCGUAA